AUGGAUCUCAACAAGCGGCUCUUUCGCCUCGACAUCGAGAACAAGAACCAAGCACCACCACUCAAUUUCGCCAUGGUCACAACUCCCCCAGAUGAGGAUGAAGAUGACGAACUAAACCACAUGAAACUCCGCGAAGAAUCAUCGAAACCGUCGCAGAUUGAUGUCGCCCAGCGCGCGGACAGCGUCGUAAAUCAGCAGCCGCUCGACCAUGCUCUGAGUCGCAUCUAUCGACUCACGCCUACCCCGACCGUAGUGUUGGACGCUUCUUUGCAGGUCGUGGAGGUCUCGGAUUCACAUCUGUCUUUUGCAGGCUUGUCCAGGGAUGUGGUACUUGACAGCUUCAUCUGCGAUAUCUGUCCCCGUGUCAUUCCAGCCCUCGAUAUCGCCACAUUGUAUGGUGCGCUCCGAGCAGCAAUCACGUCGCGGGACAUACAACUGGUCGACAACAUCCACUUGGACGAACCGAACUCGUACUACUCACUUCGCAUAACACCGAUUUACGAGAAGAGCACUUUACUCUACAUGGUACUCGAAGCGCACUCCAUAGUCAAGAAAUUCUCCCACCCUACCAAUAAUCACCAUUCCUAUGUUAAUGAUACUUACAAGGUGCUGCUGGACACUGUCAAGGAUUACGCCAUCUUCAUGCUGGACACGCGGGGCAAUAUUGUGACGUGGAAUUCCGGUGCCGCCAUAUUAAAAGGAUACAGCGCCCGGGACAUUAUCGGAAAGCACUUUUCCACAUUUUACGGGAAGGAAGACCGACUUGCUGACAAGCCGGGAAAGGAACUGGUUGUCUGUCUCCGAGAGGGGAAGGUUGAAGACGAAGGUUGGCGGUACCGGAAAGAUGGAUCGCGAUUCUGGGCCAACGUUUUGAUCACUCCGAUGUAUGAGUUCGGCCGGCACAUUGGUUUCACCAAGGUCACGCGUGAUUUGACCGAGCGCAAUGCGGCGGAGGCACGCAUGAUCGCGGCUUUCGAGGAGUCAUCCAAGCUGAAGACCGACUUCUUGGCCAACAUGAGUCACGAAAUCCGUACACCCAUGAAUGGAAUGCUUCUCGCGCUCACAACACUCAUGGAAGCGGGCUUGACCGAGCGUCAGCGUGAGUACGCUGCUAUUAUCGAGGACUCGACUUCGCUUCUACUGCAGGUCAUCAAUGAUGUCCUGGAUUACUCGAAAUUGUCGUCUGGCUCUUUCUCAUUACAUCCUGAUGCGUUCAGUAUCGACAAUGUCACCGGGGCUGUUGUGCGCAAUUGCAAAAGCACUUUAAAGCCCGACGUGGAGCUGAGCAGUUACAUCACCCCGGGCUUUCCUUUGCAGGUUGAAGGUGACCCACUGCGAUAUCGUCAAGUACUCCAGAAUCUGGUGGGAAAUGCAGUCAAAUUUACCGAUAGCGGAUAUGUUAAGAUUUACACCUCUUUCGCUGAAGACCUGGCCGAUCCGACUGUAUUCAACGUCACCACGGAAGUCUUCGACACGGGAGUGGGAGUCCCAGAGGAUGCGCAUAGCUCUCUGUUCACGCCGUUCACUCGCUUUGCUGACUCGAACACGAGAAGAUAUCAGGGCACAGGUCUUGGUCUGUCAAUUUGCAAGAGCUUGGCAGAGCUUAUGGACGGUAGCGUGGGAUUCCGACCGAAUCCCGAAGGCCGUGGCAGUGUGUUCUGGAUGACGACGAAGAUGCGUCGGGUGGAUAUCAAGCUACCAUUGAGGACUUUCAGUCCUCUUGUGGAAAAUGUCGAGGAUGUCGAAGCCAAGAUUAAGGCUCUUGCACCCCAGAAGUACGUGCUGCUUGUUGAGGACAACCUGGUGAAUCAAAUGGUCAUGCUCAAGCUUCUCAAAAGCAUGGGCUUUGCGCGGGUUGAUGCUGCAUGGGAUGGAGCGGAAGCAGUACGACUGGUGAAGCAACAACCAUUUGCUUACAACCUAAUCCUCAUGGAUAUCAACAUGCCGAUCCUUGAUGGUGUCGAGGCCACUCAACAGAUCCGGCAAAUGGGCUUGGACGUCCCGAUCAUCGCGCUCACCGGAAACGCGCUCAAGGGUGACGCGGAGAUGUACAUGGCCAAGGGCAUGAGUGAUUACAUCGGCAAGCCGAUCCAUCGCAAACAGCUCACGCGGCUGCUCUGGAAAUGGAUGGGCACUUGA